AUGGCCGACUCAGAUGGCGAAUACCAUGGCGCAUCCGAUGACGAACUGCAAGUGACCUCGCAGCGUAAUCGCGGCAAGUCGAAAAAGGACAGCCGCAUGCAGACGCGAGCAUGGGAGAACGUGACGCGCACCUGGGAUGUCGUGGAAGAGAACGAAGACGGAACGAUCAAGCGGGUCGAGACCGCCGAAGCCAAGAAGCGCGCGCGCUUGAUGAAGGACACCACACCGCUACAGCGAGGUAUUAUACGGCAUCUUGUGCUGGUUCUGGACAUGUCCUUCGCCAUGGCGGAGAAGGAUCUCUUGCCCAGCAGGCACGAACUCUGCAUGGCCUACUCGAGGGAGUUCGUCAGAGAGUACUUUGAGCAAAACCCGAUAUCACAGCUGGCCAUCAUCGGUAUGCGCGAUGGCGUGGCGGUCAGGAUAAGCGACAUGAGUGGUAAUCCGGCCGAUCAUCUGGAAAAGCUGCACGAGUGGACCAAGCAAGAGCCGCAGGGAAACCCGAGUCUACAGAAUGCGCUGGAGAUGUGCCGUGGUGCGCUAUUUCACACACCAUCCCAUGGCACGCGAGAAGUAGUCGUGGUCUAUGGCGCCCUCAUGUCCAGCGAUCCAGGCGAUAUUCACGAGACGAUCAAUGCUGUCAUCAAGGACAGGAUACGAGUGUCCGUUGUAGGCAUAUCGGCCCAGGUCGCCAUCUGCGCUGAGCUGUGUGCAAAGACGAAUGGCGGUGAGGAGUCGGGAUACAGCAUAGCACUGCACGAGCAGCAUUUCCGCGAACUCCUGCUCGACGUCACCACACCUCCCGCUACGAGGGCAACGGAACAGAGCAAUGCCAGUCUACUCAUGAUGGGUUUUCCGUCGAGGACCAUGGCUACGGGCGACACCAUAAACUACUGCGCAUGCCACAACCGGCCGACUAGGGAAGGCUACUCAUGCACGCGAUGCGGGUCGCGUGUCUGUCGCCUUCCCGCAGAAUGUCCAGGCUGUGGGCUGACACUCAUCCUGUCGACCCAUCUCGCGCGCUCUUAUCAUCAUCUCUUCCCGCUCCGGAACUGGGUCGAGGUGCCUUGGUCGGAAGCGGCCAAGACCAAAGCAUGCUAUGCCUGCCUGUCGUUGUUUCCGGAGUACGACAGAAAACAAAUAGAGCAGCACGGCGCCCCGAUAGGACUCAGCGAGUCCGGGCGGUACGCAUGCGAGGUCUGCAGCAACCACUUCUGCAUAGACUGUGACUUGUUCGCCCACGAGGUGCUGCAUAACUGCCCCGGGUGCCAGAGCGACACGAGAGGUCUGAGCGUGCCAAACCCAGAGCUGGUGAUGAACGGCGAUCUGAACGGACAGGCAAAUGGGACGGCUAUGGAAGUUGAUUCAUGA